AUGGAUGGGAUGUGGACCCUGCUGGUGUCUGUGGGAGUCCUGUGUUCUGCUGAGCUGGCUGACACUCAGAAACCAUCCAGGGUGUUCUUCCUGAUCUCAAGUCCAGAAGUGUUGCAUGCUGGGAAAAGCACUCUGCUGGCUGUUACGAUCCUCACUGACACCCCUGUGAGGUUGAAGGCUGAAGUGACCAACGGCAAAAUCAAAGUGGAGCAGGAACAAGACUUCCAAGGAGGUUCUACUGACCUCCUCACGCUCCCUCCUAUUUCUGGAGGUUCUAUAGAUCAGGGUUCCUCCUUUAACUUGACAGUGAGUGGCUACCAGGGAGAUGAGCUUAUUUUCACCAACACCUCCUCCCUCAUCUUCAACCUCAGGAGCAUCUCUACCUUCAUCCAAACCGACAGAUCAAAUUACAGACCCGGAGACACGGUCAAACUCAGAGUUGUCUGUGUUCAGUUGGAUAAUCGACCUUACAGCGGCAGCGUGGACGUCUCUGUAACGGAUCCCAGUGGAAGUACUGUCGAUAUCCAGCCCAGGAAAAAUUCAGGAAUCGUGCUGUCAGACUUCCACUUAUCCCAGACUGCUUCCCUUGGACAGUGGAUGAUCACAGCCACUGUGAAUGGUUUUACUGAUGAGAAAACAUUCACUGUGGAUUAUUAUGAACCACCUCCCUUUGAAGUUCUGGUCAAUGUGACUCCACGGGUUCUAGUUGGAGAUCAGGUCUCUGGAACCGUCAGAGCUCUGUACAUUAAUGGGAAGCCACUAGAGGGAACAUUAAAUAUUUUAAUCAGUCUUUCUAAGGACGGCCCAAGUGCUCCAUUCUCACUAAGUCAAAGCAAAGAGAUUUUUGGGUCAGCGCAGUUUUUCUUCAGUGGAGAUCAGCUCCAGGUUCUGCACACGUCAUCAGACAACAGUGACGUCACUGUCUAUGUUCAAGUCUCCGUCACUGACAUUCAUCAAAGUUUGAAAGUGAACAAAACAGUUGAAGUGCACUUUUUGAAGAAUAUGUUCCAGCUGGAAUUCCAUGAUUUUCCACGUACGCUGAAGCCAUCAUUGUACUUCACAACAACACUGAGGAUCUCCAGGUAUGACAGGAAACCUUUGAGCCCUUUGGAUCUGAAGUACCCUGCUGAGGUUAAAGUCACACAGAGAACAUCCGACACGGAUGCUGAACCUGCUACGGUGACGCUCCCAGUGCCCGAGGACGGGAACGUCCCCAUUAAGUUCAGAUUACACGAUGAAGUAGUGUUGCUUUUCAUCCAUGCCAGAUAUGAAUCCAGCACAGAGACGCUGAAGCUCCACAAGACCCACUCGUCUCCUAGUGGCUCAUACCUACAGAUCUCUCCAAUCAGCAAUUUACCUGCACAGGUUGAAUCACAACUUGAAAUAAAAGUGGAGAAAACGUUUCAAGCAACCAGCUUUCACUAUGUGGUGAAGUCUGGAGGUGAUGUGGUGGAUGCUGGAACAAAGACAUCCUCCUCCUUUUUUCUACACCCAACCACAUCCUGGGCUCCGAUGUCCUGUUUCACCAUCUACUGUGUCCUUCCAGAUGGGGAGGUCACUAGUGACACGGUGCACGUACCCUUCCAUGAAACCAACCAUGUUCAUAUGAAGUGGAGCAGUGACAAGGUCCAACCUGGAGAGGAGGUGACUCUCACUCUGACUGUCCUUGAACCCUGGUCCUACGUGGGAAUCAUGGUGCUUGCGACAGAUACUGAAGCUCCAGAAGGGGAUCAGGACAUGAAACUGCUGAAGGAGUGUAAUGUUGAGAUGCUGACCAACACCAGAGAGUACAACACAGAACAGCCUGAUGGUCUCCAAACAGAUGGAGAUGUCCUCAUGCUGCAGAUGUUUUGGAGACCCUGGAUCGAUGUCACUGAGUCCUGGCUGUGGUUGAACACAAACGUUAGAGAUAAAACACAGACAGAUCUGAAGGUGACCGUGCCCGAUGGAGUCACGUCUUUGAGAGCCGUGGCUCUGGUGAUGUCAGAUAAUCUGGGUUUGGGUUUUACUCCUGUGCCAGAAAAGCUGACUGUGUCCAAAGAAUUCUCCCUGUGGCUGGAUGUUCCAUCACACCUGAUCAGAGGAGAAGAUCUGGUACUGGAGGUGAAAGUCUUCAACCAUCUCGACAGGGACAUCAAGGUCAUGUUGUUGAUAUCACAAAGUGAGACCUUUGAGUUCAUUUUGGCCGAGUGGGGGGGCCUGUCUGUGGUAAACAGUGAACAGCUGUCCAUGGGGAGACACAGUUUUGCUUCAGCUCUGUUUCCCAUAAGGCCAAAGGCUCUCGGCAGAAUGGAGAUAAAGGUGGACGCCGUAUCUGCUACGGCCUCGGACCACCUGUUUCAGACCGUGUCCGUCAAGCCGGAGGGAGUAGAACAAACCUUCUCAGAGACGCUGUUCCUGGAACUGCUACCAGGGAAGCUGAACAAUUCCAGGUCCAUCUCCUUCUCCUUUCCACCAGAUGUGGUGCCGGGCAGCCAGAGGGCCCACGUGGCAGUGGUUGGUGACAUCUUGGCCUUGUCCAUCAACAACCUGGACGCUCUGGUGCAGAUGCCUGUUAGCUGUGGAGAGCAGAACCUAGUCCACUUUGCUCCAAGUGUUUAUGUUCUCCAGUACCUGAAACUGUCGUUCCAGGACAAUGAGGAGCUCAGCAGCAGGGCUUUGGGCUACAUGAUGGAGGGAUAUCAGAGGCAGCUGUCGUACCAACGGGACGAUGGUUCUUUCAGUGCUUUUGGAGCCAGUGACGCCUCGGGGAGCACAUGGCUGACGGCCUUCGUGCUGAGGUGUUUCCUCCAAGCUCAGUCCUUCAUGCCAGUGGAUCAGAAUGUCCUGACCAGGGCCAUAACCUGGCUUCUGGACCAGCAAGGAUCCCAGGGUGAGUUUCGAGAAGCGGGUAGGGUGAUUCACACGGAGAUGCAGGGCGGACUGGACGACGGUCCCGUGGGCAUCACUGCUUACGUGGUGGCGGCUCUACUUCAGGACAAGACCUACAUGAACAUGUUUGAAGACAACGUGUCCAAGGGUCUGAAGUACCUGGAGAAGAAGGUGCUUGGUGGAGUUGUCAGUAACUACAGCCUGUGUCUGGUAGCUUAUGCUUUAGCUCUGUCCAGUCCAUCAGUUAACGUCGCCCUGGAGCAGCUCCACAUGAGAGCUGGUGGCAAAGCACGUAGGGGCCUCAGACGACCCAGUCACCUGGAGAAGGUCAAGGACAUGCCCAUAAUUCAGCUGGCUGCUGUGGCAGAUAUAUGGCUGCUUUCGAGAAGUGAGGAUGAACCGGUUGUCUUUCUGGGUGGUUGCAACCCAGAACCCGGUCACGUCACGACUUGGGUGUCCUUUGCUGAUCUGGAGUCACAUGACUGGCAGCGGUCUUCGGUGCAGAAUGAGAUGGCGUCCUAUGUGCUGCUGGCUCUGUACCUGCAUGGCAGCUGGGUGGACGGCAUCGAGCUCAUGAAGUGGUUGAGCAAACAAAGAACAUAUCUUGGCGGCUUCGGGACCACGCAGGACACCGUGGUCGGCCUUCAGGCUUUGGCCCAAUACUCUGCUUUCAGUGGGGCCAAAGCCAUCGACCUGCAGCUCACUGUGUCCGUCCCGUCAACGUCGUCCGUGUCACACUUUCUGAUCAACUCCACCACCUACUUGGCGUAUCACAGCUGCGAGAUUGAUGCCCGCAAAGAUGUGCACAUGAACAUUCACUGGGAAGGACGAGGAUUUUCCUUAUUUCAGCUGAAUACCUUUUACAACCUGGACAGCCGAGUGUUUUCUGAGCCCACAGACGAUGAAGCUUUUGCACUGAAUGUGGAAAUAAUGGAUGAAGGAGACCAGGAGCACAUGGUGCUGUCUGUCUGCACCAGACUACAGGAGCGUGAGGAGAUAUCUCGGACAGGGAUGGUGAUGUUGGAUGUGGGUUUACUCACAGGUUUCAUUCUGUCUCCUGGAGCUGCUGCCCCAACAGAUCUGAUCAGAAAGGUGGAGAUAUUUCCUGAGAAAGUCAGCCUCUACCUCGACUCGCUGACCACGUCAGAGGUUUGCAUCAAACUUCCAGUCACCAGGAAGUACAAAGUGGCUCACGUGCGGCAAGCUGUGGUGUUGCUUUACGACUACUACGAGCCGCAGAGACGAGCCACACGGACGUACAACUCUGCUGUCCUGCACAAACUGGACGCCUGUUUCUUCUGUGGAGAAGACUGUCGCCUCUGCAGCCCAGGAAUCACUGUCACCUUUUCAUCCACCUCAUCUCCAGAAAUCAGCGGGGUAACCUACGUCCUGGACUGCCUGUUCAUCGUAGUCUCUUUAUUUUUCUUGUAGUGCAUCCAGAUAAAAAAAAAAAA